AUGAAGUUAACUAGAGGCUACAUAUCUCCUUAUUUUAUUAGAGACCAGAAGACCCAGAAAUGUGAAUUGGAGAAUCCGUUUAUCCUCAUCCAUGACAAGAAAAUUUCUGACAUGAAUACACUGUUGAAAGUAUUGGAGUUGUCAGUAACGAAUAAAAGACCACUCCUAGUUGUUGCGGAAGAUGUUGAUAGUGAUGCAUUAGCUAUGCUCAUACUCAACAAGCAUCAUGUUGGGCUUAAGGUUUGUGCUAUAAAAGCUCCUGGUUUCGAGGAUAAUAGAAGAGCAGCUCUAGAUGAUCUUGUGAUUCUUAUCGGAGGAGAGGUUAUCACAGAAGAGCGCGGCAUAGCUCUCAACAAAGUCCGACCUGAAAUGCUCGGCACUGCAAAAAAGGCAUGUGGCUUGAACCAUUAUAACUGUGACGGAGUUGCUCUCUUAUAUGCUAGCAAAGUCUUGGAGAAUCUUGAAACUAAAAACGAGGAUGAGAGAAGAGGAGUACAGAUUAUUCAGUAUCACUCAAGGUUUGCACCUACAUUUACAAUAGCUGCAAAUGCUGGUUUUGAUGGUUCUUUAAUUUACAACAAAUUGUUGGAACAAGAUAAUCUUAAUUUAGGUUUCGAUGCUGUUAAAGGAACUUAUGUUGAUAUGGUGAAGGCUGGGAUUAUAGAUCCUGUUAAAGUUGUUAGAACAGCUUUGGUAGAUGCUGCCAGUGUAUCGUUGUUACUGACGACAACCGAGGCAUCUAUUGUAGAAAAUAUGAGUGAUAAAAACAAACCUCCUCAAAGGGUGGCAGAUAUGGAUGAUUUGGACUACUAACUUUUCUUAAAUAUGUUGAGAAUA